AUGACAUUCCCACAGCAACCGCAAUCUCCCCCAACUGUCGACCGAAAGCGCCCUGGUCUGCUGUUGGAUAUUGCCUCUGUAACUCCUGCCCCUGCAUCUCCUGGCAAACGCAUGAGAAUGGCCAUGGACGUUCCCGCGGCCCCAAGACCAGCCCAGUAUGCUCCACUGUUGCUGACUCCAAGAGCCAGUGGCAACAGUGCACUCUUCAUGCCGACCUUGCCUGAUGAAGAUGACCUCAUCGGCAUGACUCCUCAAGGCAACCCUCUCCCCUCUCCUCCUCGACUCAAGAGACGCCUUCGUGCUUCUAGUUCCUUCAUGGAGGAGGACGCCACCGUCGGAUACAUGGACUGUCCUGUGGUUCCUAUGGUUGAUGUUAUUGCUGAUGAUGCUGAUCAGACAGAGCAACCACUGCCAAGAAUCUUCUUUCCUCCUUCACCUUCCAACAACGAGCCCGCUGUGUUGAAGUCAUUGCCAGCACUUUUACCCAAAGAGAGCACCCUUGGCUUGACAAACAACCACCAAGAUUGUUUUCCUAUGCUCAGGCCAAAGAGGACCCACAUCAAGAGACGUUCCUCCUUGAGUGCCCGGUCAGCCUAA